AUGUCUGCUACCAACGGCACCAACGGCGUUCACGCCGAGCUCUCCUCAUGGAAGCACUACAACGAGGGUUCUUUCCUCUUCACCUCACUGACAACCAACCAGUCCGAGUCCGUCGGUGAGGGCCACCCCGACAAGAUCGCUGAUCAGGUUUCCGACGCUAUCCUCGAUGCCUGCCUCAGGGAGGAUCCCCUCUCCAAGGUUGCUUGCGAGACUGCCACCAAGACUGGUAUGAUCAUGGUCUUCGGUGAGAUCACCACCCAGGCCAAGCUCGACUACCAGAAGGUCGUCCGUGAUGCCAUCAAGGACAUCGGCUAUGAUGACUCCGCUAAGGGUUUUGACUACAAGACCUGCAACUUGCUCGUCGCCAUUGAGCAGCAGUCUCCCGAUAUCGCUCAGGGUCUUCACUACGAGAAGGCUCUCGAGCAGCUCGGUGCUGGUGACCAGGGUAUCAUGUUCGGUUAUGCCACUGACGAGACACCCGAGCUCUUCCCCCUCACUCUCCUCUUCGCCCACAAGCUUAACGCUGCCAUGUCCGCUGCUCGCCGCGACGGUUCUCUCCCCUGGCUCCGACCCGACACUAAGACUCAGGUGACCAUUGAGUACAAGCACGACAACGGUGCCGUUGUUCCCCAGCGUGUCCACACCGUUGUCGUCUCUGCUCAGCACUCUCCCGAUAUCUCAACUGAGGAGCUCCGCAAGGAGAUCAAGGAGAAGAUCAUUAAGAAGGUCAUCCCCGCUAAGUACCUCAGCGACGAGACCAUCUACCACAUCCAACCCUCUGGUCUCUUCAUCAUUGGUGGUCCCCAGGGUGACGCUGGUCUGACCGGCCGAAAGAUCAUCGUCGACACCUACGGUGGCUGGGGUGCCCACGGUGGUGGUGCUUUCUCCGGUAAGGAUUUCUCCAAGGUCGAUCGAUCUGCUGCCUACGUCGGUCGAUGGAUUGCCAAGUCCCUCGUCAACGCCAAGCUCUGCCGACGUGCUCUUGUCCAGCUCUCCUACGCCAUCGGUGUCGCUGAGCCUCUCUCCAUCUACGUCGACUCCUACGGCACCUCCGAGAAGACCUCCGAGGAGCUUGUCCAGAUCAUCCGAGACAACUUCGACCUCCGACCUGGUGUCAUUGUCCGCGAGCUCAACCUGGACCACCCCAUCUACCUCCAGACUGCCAAGAACGGUCACUUCGGUACCAACCAGUCUUUCAGCUGGGAGCAGCCCAAGGAACUCAAGUUCUAA